AUGGUUCUCGUUACCAAACCUCUUUUUCUCGCUUUUUCUCGUCAAUACAUCGCCCUGGCGCGGUUCGCUGAUGUUGUUUGGAGUCGUCAUCACUUUCUGGUGUCCGAGAAAUCUUCUGACAUUCACGGAGAUUUUGUAUGGAUCGAACCAUUGGCCGGCGAGGGCAUUCCCGUUGGUGCCCGUGUGCUCGACCAGGAUCAUGGUCGAUUGAGGGUAGUCGACGAUCUCGGACAA